CUCGUUCCGUUUUUCCCUGCGGGGCGGAGGUUCUUUGCCUGGUGACACCCAAACCUGAAGCGAACCCACGCUGUUAGCCGACCCGUCCACUGCUGCUCCGGCCAGCCAUGAGGGUCCUCGCGCUCCUCCUCUUACUAUGGAUCUCCGCCGCUGCCGCUGCAUCCGCGCCGCCGCUCGAGACCCUCGGCAUCCCUCCGCAAGAUGAGGCGUACUACAGGGGCGGCGUGAUCAAGUGCAAGGACGGGUCGGGCAAGUUCACCAGGGAUCAGCUCAACGACGACUUCUGCGACUGUCCCGACGGCACCGACGAGCCAGGGACAUCUGCCUGCCCGGAGGCGAAAUUCUACUGCAAGAAUGCCGGACAUUCUCCAAUCACCAUCUUCUCGUCGCGAGUGAAUGAUGGUAUAUGCGAUUGUUGUGAUGGGAGUGAUGAAUACGGUAGCAAUGGCACUUGUAAGAAUACAUGCUGGGAAGCUGGGAAGGCGGCGAGGGAGAAGUUAAAGAAGAAGGUAGCUACAUAUAAAAGUGGUGUCGUUAUUCGGAAUCAGGAAGUUGAAAAGGCAAAAUUGGCAAUUGCUAAAGAUGAAGCAGAGUUAACAAAACUGAAGGGUGAAGAGAAGAUACUCCAGGGGCUUGUCGACAAGCUCAAAGAGCAAAAGAGAUUAAUAGAAAAGGCGGAGGAAGAGGAGCGCCUAAUAAAAGAGAAGGAAGAAAAGAGAAUUAAAGAAGAAGCUGAAAAGCAAGCUGCUGAGGAAAAGAAAGCAUCUGAUGCCUCUCAGGAAACAGAUUCUCAGGACACUGAUGAGAAGUCACAAGAAGGUGAAAGCAAGGUAGCUGAACAUCAUGAUGGAGAUGUCACGGACCAUGACCAUCACUCACCGGAAGGCCAGACAUCUGUUGAAGAGCCUGACAUUAAAGCUGGAACUGGAGAUGAUGCACCACCGGUGGAGACAUCUGCAGUACCUACAGAUGAGCAGGACCCUACUUCUGCCGACUCUGAAGGUUUGUCAAAGGAGGAAUUGGGUCGUCUGGUGGCUUCUCGCUGGACUGGAGAAAAUGUAGAUGAUGUUGGUAAAAGCGAUAAAAAGGGCCAUGAGGAUGAGAUGGAUAUACCAGAACCUGCAGAAGAAGCAUUUGAAGAUGAGCAUGAUAUACCAGAACCUGUAGAAGAAAAUUAUGCUGGCUAUCAUUCAGAAGUUGAGGAUGAUAGGCACAAAUUUGAAGACGAAGAGUUGUCUAAUAUAUCAGAUGAUGAAUAUGUUGAUGAUCAUGAAGAACCUGAUGAAUCCUAUAAAUCUGAUGACGACCGGAAAGGUGAUGACCAUUCAGAUUUAACUGCCUCAGGACAAACAUCAUGGCUAGACAAGAUUCAGAAAACUGUACAGAAUGUUCUACAAAAAUUCAACUUUUUCAAGACCCCUGUUGAUUUAUCAGAGGCUGCUCAUGUUCGGAAGGAGUAUGAUGAUGCCAGCUCAAAGCUGUCCAAAAUUCAGUCUAGGAUAACCUCUCUGACAGAUAAGCUAAAGCAAGACUUUGGUAAGGAAAAGGAGUUCUAUUACUUCUAUGACCAGUGCUUUGAGGGCAAGGAGGGCAAGUAUGUUUACAAGGUCUGUCCAUACAAGAAAGCUUCACAGGUUGAAGGACACAGUUCCACCAACCUGGGGCGCUGGGACAAAUUUGAAGAAUCAUACAGGAUGAUGCACUUUGCAAAUGGAGACAAAUGCUGGAAUGGCCCUGACCGAAGCCUAAAGGUGAGGCUUAGAUGUGGGCUAAGCAACGAGCUUAAUGGUGUCGAUGAGCCCAGCAGAUGCGAGUAUGUCGCUGUACUGUCAACUCCUGCAAUGUGCAUUGAAGAGAAGCUGAAGGAGCUGCAACAGAAACUCGACGCUGCGUCUUCAGAACUGUCUGGCCAUGACGAGCUCUAAACUGUCACGAGGAAACAUUGACUCCACUAUUACAACCAUAUAACCAUAAGAAAGGCUACAGAGAUGCAUGCUGGAUAGAAAAGCCUGGUGUUGUGAGUAGCCGCCAAAGCAGCUUUAGUUUGGCUAGGGAAUUUUUUGAGCAAAGUGGUCAGAUGGUUGAAAUUUUCACAUCGUCCUGAUUUGCUAGUAGCUGCAACUGGAUAUCUUUUACUUUAGCUUCCUUUGAAGACGUUUCUUCAAAUUGUUUAUGUAGGUCAUCUGAAAGAGACUAAGCCUUCUGUUUGUAACUUAUCAGUUAUGCACUGUGUUCUGAAUUAUACUAGUAGUGAUACUAUAUUUACUUUCUCUGGA